CGGUUCGGACCACGCGACGCGACAACCCCGAGGGGCGGGCGGGAGAGAGAGAGAUGAGCGGGGCGGAGGAGGCUGCGGCGGGGGGAGGAGGGUCCGGCGGGGGCAGCAGCGGCGCGGGGUCGUCGGGGGGCGGGAGCGGGGGCGGGGCCGCGCGGCGGAGGUUCGACGACAAGGGCCUCGUCGCGCGCACCUCGCUCAUCCUCUGGCACACGCACCAGAACGACGUCGGCGCCGUGCGCAAGCUGCUCGAGGAGGACGCCGCGCUCGUCAACGCCCGCGACUACGACAGCCGCACGCCGCUCCACGUCGCCGCGCUCCAUGGCUGGCACGACGUCGCCGAGUGCCUCAUCGCCAACGGCGCCGACGUCAACGCGCAGGACCGCUGGCAGAACACGCCACUAGCUGAUGCAGAGGGUGCAAAGAGGCAGACCAUGAUUGAGCUGCUCAAGGAGCAUGGUGGAUUGACAUAUGGGAAAACUGGAAGUCAUUUUGAACCCAAGACAAUUCCACCACCUCUAACAAACAAGGCUGAUUGGGAGAUUAACCCACUUGAAUUGGACUUCGCAAAAGCAGUUGUGAUCGGAAAGGGCUCUUUCGGUGAAAUUCUGAAAGCAAAUUGGCGAGGAACACCUAUUGCUGUCAAGCGCAUUCUUCCAUCCCUAUCUGAUGACAGGCUGGUGAUCCAAGAUUUUAAGCAUGAAGUCAACUUGCUAAUAAAGCUGAGACAUCCAAAUAUAGUCCAGUUCCUUGGAGCAGUCACAGAAACCAAGCCUCUAAUGCUAGUUACCGAGUUUCUACGAGGAGUAUGUAUUUUGUUUCAUGGUUCAACUAUUAUUUUUAGUAGACUAUUUGGAACCUGCUCAUGUUUAGUUAAAUGCAUUUUUCAGGGUGAUCUUCAUCAAUAUCUGAAGGAGAAAGGUGCACUCAGCCCACUUGCUGCUAUUAAUUUUGCACUAGACAUUGCAAGAGGAAUGGCAUAUCUUCAUAAUGAGCCUAAUGUUGUGAUUCACCGAGACUUAAAACCAAGAAACAUUCUUCUGGUGAAUUCUGCUGCCAACCAUUUGAAAGUUGGAGAUUUUGGUCUUAGCAAGAUCAUCAAAGCUCAGCAUGCCAGUGAUGUAUACAAGAUGACUGGAGAAACGGGAAGCUACCGCUACAUGGCCCCUGAAGUUUUCAAGCACCGGAAAUAUGACAAGAAAGUUGAUAUCUUCUCUUUUGCCAUGAUACUAUAUGAGAUGCUGGAAGGCGAUCCACCUUUCUCCAACUACGAACCUUAUGAGGCUGCUAAGUAUGUUGCAGAAGGGCAUCGCCCAGCUUUCCGUAAAGGACAUACUAAUGAACUGAAGGAUUUGGUUGAGCUAUGUUGGUCUGGGGAUAUCAGUCUGAGACCAUCUUUCUUGGAGAUCCUCAAGAGGCUUGAGAAGCUCAAGGAGCAUUUUUCACACGAGAACCACUGGCAUUUGUUCCAGUAGCAGUGCAUAUAUAUUCAUUACUAAAGGUGGUAUUCUGAAUGGGUUUUCUUGGGAGAUCUGACAUUGAUGAAUGUACAAAAUUAGGUGCCUCAAGAAAGCUCCACUGAGACGGUGAAACUUUCUUGCUGUUUUACUUUGAUGCUAUUUCUGGUAAAGAAAACAGAAACUUUGUUUGUAACCGCAUCGCUUCUUUUAUCGUUAGGUUUUCACUCUGCUUCUCAGCUAUAGUUAUAAAGAGAGAUUGUUUGAUUAGGAA